AUGGCCUCGCUACAGGCGUUCAACAGCGGGCGGCUCGUGGCGGAGCGUGCCGCGCCGUCCAGGCGCAGUGCGACACGUAACCUGGUGCCUGUGAAGGCGCCGGCCGCUUGCGCAGCUCUCCAGCAGCGGCAGCGCCAGCAGCAGCAGCAGCAGAUCGGGCGCCGCGCGCGCCUGGCAGCGCCUGUCGCGGCGGCGGCGGUCUCCAGCCCGGACGUGGAGCAGGCCAGGACCGCCCGCCCUCUGACCCUGGUGCCGCUGACGCUCCCGCGGCAUAUAAUGCUGCUGCUGCUGCUGCUGCUGCUGCUGCUGCUGCUGCUGCUGCUGCUGCUGCUGCUGACCUUGCUGCUGCUGCUGCUGACCCUGCUGCUCCUGCUUACCGUGCUGAUGCUGCUGCUACUGCUGCUGCCGCUGCCGCCGCAGGACCUGGGGGCGGGCGUGCCCCGCGAGCUGCUAGAGGAGGCGAGCGCGGCCGGCCAGGCGGCGCGCGAGGGGGCGCUCAAGGGCGCGGUGGUGCUCUUCGUCUGCGCCGGCUACGGCAAGAAGCGCUUCAUUUACGAAAAGGCGCGCCAGCUGGGGGUGACUGCGGUGCUGGUGGACAGCCCCAACCACUGGGGCAAGGACUGCGUGGGCAGCGCCUUUGACGCGUUCCACCCCAUCGACCUGUCCCGCGACACCGAGAGCGUGCUGGAUGACAUCACUCGUGUGUACAACAAGCUGGUCGAGGAGCAUGGCGCGGUGCACGGCAUCUGCUCUUUCUCUGACCUGGCGCAGCCCCUGGUGGCCCGGCUGUGCGAGCGCCUGGGGUACCCCGCCAACAGCGUCGACGCCGUCGCGCGCGCCCGCAACAAGGACCAGACGCGUCAGGCCCUCAAGGUGCGCGGCCGCCCCUCGGCUUUUUUCGUUUCUAAGCGGACGUUAGAGCCGAAAGCGAGGCCGAGGCGCGCUGCGGGCCGGCGCGCUGCUGGCGCGGCCGGGGACGCGGCCGGCGCGCGUCCGUCUGCGGCGCGUGAUGUACGCGGGCGAGCUGGCAGCGUCGCGUUGGGCGGACAAAAGAGCAGCGGGGCCGUGGCACGGGCCGUGGCACGCACAGCCGCCUGA